AUGGGUGUUUUGGGAGGUCUUUCGGCGAAUGAAGAGAGCCUCGCGCUUGGUUUUUUCCUGAGCAGCUUCGUGACUUCCGGGCAAGAAUUCAAUUCGACACGAGGCUUGCUUGAGAAUAUCAUGCCGACUCUUUCCACCGCGCACGUCGAGUCGCCAGUCUUUCUCGCGUUCUCGGCCGUGGCGACGAGGAUGUACAGUAGGUGGCAACGUGGAAGCAUCGAGCCGAGCAGCCUGGCCAAAGUGCGUCUGAUACAGGCUCUGGAACGACUGCAAGCGGCGCUUCAGGACCCCGUUGAAAGCAAGACGCACGCAACCCUUGUGGCGACUCUACUGCUGCAGUUCCAAGACAAUGUCGCCUCGGUGGGACGCCUGCACAAGGUUCCGCGCACUCAUCAGAACGGCGCGCUUGCACUCGCCAGGCACCAGGGCCAAGCAGGGUUUGACACCGCCAACGCGAAAUACUUAGCAUUCCGCCUCAUCAACAUGGAAGUGUCGUCAGCCAUACGGGAAGGUCGACCAGUGCCUGCAGACCUGUACAGUUGGUGUGGCUCGAACGACAUGCCUCGAACGCAAAGCUCGGAUCUCGAUACGAUUGGAAUCAACGUGGCCGAGAUGCAGCGCAUUUUCGCUCAGACGUGGCGCCACCACUCUCGAUGUACGAUCAGCUCUUGCCCGCACUUGGGAAUCCUUGCCGGAGUCUGCACGCAAGCCAUGGCAGCCGAACAAGACCUCAACUCAUGGGCAUCGGGUGUCCCACCAUCAUGGUCACCUUUCAAACUCGAUCUCGGACGUCUUCGACCCCAAAAGGCAAGCCCACCGAUCCAAACAUACUCGGGAGCUUGUGAUAUAUACCCAACGAUCCAAAUCUCAUCUCUCUGGAAUUCGUGGCGGAUUUACCGCCUGAUAAUCCAGACCAUCCUGCUGGCGUGUGUGGAGGCUCUCGAACUGGCGAGGGCACCCGAGUCACUGCCGUUUACCGCCCAAAGCAUCGAGAGCAGCAGGAUCCGGGUCGACAUUCGGAAUACCGUCGAUUCCAUCUGCGCAAGCGUCCCCUUCCACGUCGGCAACCGGGUAAGCAGGUGCUCCCUGGACGACUUCACAGACACAUCGCUCCAUCUCCCGGCAUACCAUUUCCUUCUGGACCAACGAAAGCGCACUGGCUGUGACGGCCUGCCCGAUCACAUGAAAACCACACGCAUCAUGCCACGCGACGAACACACACGCCAUGCCAUUGCGCAGGGCCCAUGGCACAUCAUCAACACGCUGAGCAGGAUCCUCAGCCUGUGUCUCGGCCCAGCCGGUGCGUCGCUGGCGUUUGCCAUGAGGGAGCGACAGCUGGGGUGGGUCCAAGCCCAGAUUCUCCGCUGCCUCACCAUCCUCGGUCUCGAUCGGGACAGCUUCGAUCCUGAAGACCUCCUGACCGCCGACCAUUGUCGCCUGCUGUCGAACAACCUCAGCGCAACUCUGGGCUCUCGGUGA